ACAAAUGGUUCAGACAUUGAAUGCAACACCUUCUGUUUUAGCUCAUUCGACAUGUUGUUGGCGAGAAAUAAUUGUAAUUUUUACGUUUAAAUCAACUUCCAGCUUCAAUGGAUGACCGUCAGCUAGACCUGACAGAGGAACAGAAAGCUACUAAAUCAAAAUAUCCUCCCAUCAACAAGAAAUAUGAAUAUCUGGAUCAUACAGCAGAUGUGCAAAUUCACUCCUGGGGAGACUCCUUGGAAGAAGCUUUUGAGCAGUGUGCGAUGGGAAUGUUUGGCUAUAUGACGGACACAGAAACUGUGGAACCCAUUGAUACUGUUGAAGUGGAAUCAGAAGGUGAAGACAUGGAGUCUCUUCUCUUCCAUUUCUUAGAUGACUGGUUAUACAAGUUUUGUGCAGAUCUCUUCUUUGUCCCCAGGGAAAUCAAAGUUGUGUCCAUUGACAGAAUGCAUUUUAAGAUUCGAUCCAUUGGGUGGGGUGAAGAAUUUUCUCUGGCAAAACAUCCACAGGGAACCGAAGUGAAAGCUAUCACAUACUCUGCAAUGCAGAUCCACGAUAAAGUAAAGCCAGAAAUAUUUGCCAUCAUUGAUAUUUGAAGAGGACAGACAACACUCCUGGUUCAUUGGGACUGUUCAGUCUACAUAUGCACAUAAUCAAGAUUUUUGUUUCAUUUCAUACACUGAUCGUUAACUAGCAAAAUCAGGUUUACUGCCGUUGAUUAACUGUUUUCUAAUUAGGCCUAUCGAAGAUUCAUUUAAUUAAAGGAUAUUAUCUUGUGAAAUGUAAUGUAGAACUUUACACUAAGAAAAAAGAUCUCUAGAUAAACGAAUUAUGGGGAUAUGGGUUAUGAUGAAAGUUGAAAAAAUAUAUUUUAAUUGAUUUGUUGGAAGUAUCACAGAUCAUCUGUUAUUCCGCAAGCUGGAAUAACAGCUCCAUAAACUGGAAUAACAGAUGAACUGCCUAAGUAUCAAUAAAUGGUUUGUAGUUUGAUGUAAUGGUUAUGGAUGCCUUGAAUUAAGUUAUUACUUUCUUUUUUUUCUUUUGGUUUCUAUUUCUGUUAUUGUAAUAUUCUUGCUAAAAUAUUUUAAUCAGCAGCUUUAUUAAAGACAAAGAGUUAAAAACGUAA